AUGGCUGUUCAGACCACCCCACCCAGUUCUUCGAUGUCGACAGCCAAGCCGGGGACGACAGAGGGGGCGGGGCCGUCGCAGCCGACGCCAAGCACGACGAUGCCGACGACAACAAGGAUCAUGGCUGGGCCGCCGGAGGUUGAGUCGACGAUCCAGCGGCUCUCCGAACACCGCAACGUCCGUGGAGUGAUCAUCCUUAAUCGCGAUGACGUCGUCAUCCGCUCCUCCGGCCCGGUCUUCCAGGGCAGUGACGGCGUCAUCGUGCUUCGUAGGUACGCUUCGGAGGCCAGGAAAAUCGUCGACGCCGUCGGGAGCUCCGUCGAUCGCAUGGAACUCGACGAUCAAUUGAGGUUUCUCAGAAUCCGGACGCGAAUUGCUCAUCACCCCCGAAUAGAUCUUAAAUCACCCUGGUCGUCAUUCAGGACCCGACAGAAUGAAUUCCCCCAUUAUCUCUUCAUUGAUAGCUCGGUUCUAUAUAUUCCCCGAAAAAAAAAGAAUGUGAAUGCUAAGAAAUGA